AUGGCCGAACCCCCAGCAGAACAGUCCAAGAGCGCCCUCAAAAAGGCCGAGAAGCAGGCAAAGAUGGCUGCUGAGAAGGCCGCCAAAGCAGCGAAGCAAUCCCUUGCGGUGGUGGGCGGAAAGAAGACGGACGAUAUAAUUGGAAUCACGGUCUCGAAAUCUCAGAACUUCUCGGCAUGGUACCAGGAGGUCGUCCUCAAGGCCGAGAUGAUCGACUACUACAAUGAGAUCUCGGGCUUCUUCAUCUUGCGUCCUGCCUCGAUGUAUAUCUGGAACACCAUCAGGAAGUGGUUCCAGGAGCGCAUCGAGGCCAUGGAAGUUGAGGAGGCCAGUUUCCCCAUGUUCUUGUCUUCAAAGUCGCUCGAGAAGGAGAAGGACCAUGUUGAGGGAUUCGCUCCCGAACUUGCCUGGGUCACUAAAGCCGGAGACAAAGAUCUCGAGGUUCCCGUCGCGGUUCGUCCAACUUCCGAAGCCGUCAUGUACCCCUACUUCUCGAAGUGGAUUCGGAGUCACCGAGAUCUCCCCCUGCGACUCAACCAGUGGAACAGCGUGGUUCGGUGGGAGGCCAAGCAAACCACCCCAUUCCUCCGAGCUCGGGAGUUCUUGUGGCAGGAGGGACAUACUGCGCAUUUGACUGAAGAGCUGGCCGGUGAAGAAGUGCUCCAAAUCCUCGAACUAUAUGCUGGAGUUUACGAACAAUUACUCGCCGUCCCAGUCGUCCGGGGCAGAAAGACAGAGAAGGAGAAAUUUGCCGGCGGAUACUACACUACAACCGUAGAAGGAUACAUCCCUUCCAAUGGGCGAGGUAUCCAAGGCGCAACGUCCCAUUGUUUGGGCCAAAACUUCAGUAAGAUGUUUGAUAUCACUGUCGAAGACCCUGCUCCCAAGGCUGGCGAGGGAGCCAAACACAUCCACGUCUGGCAAAACUCCUGGGGUCUCUCUACUCGUGUCAUCGGUGUCAUGGUCAUGAUCCACGGCGAUGAUAAGGGUCUGGUUCUCCCUCCCCGCAUCGCCCGGCUCCAGGUCAUCAUCAUCCCCGUCGGUAUCAACAAGAACACAUCCCCAGAAGAUAAGACCAAGCACUACGACAAGCUCCAAGAACUGAAGGACUCCCUCAAGAAAGCCGGUGUGCGAGUCGACUACGACACCCGCGAGGGCUACACCCCAGCGUGGAAGUUCAACGACUGGGAACUCAAGGGCGUGCCCCUGCGUCUGGAAUACGGGCCCAAGGACGCCGCGCAAUCCGUCGUAUCGUUCGCGCGCCGCGACACCGGCGAGAAGGGCACCAUCGCCAUCUCCUCCAUCGCGACCGAGGUCCCCGCCCUCCUCGAGAAGAUCCAGAGCGACAUGUACAACAAAGCCGACGCGGCCUUCCGCUCGCACCGCCUGGUGAUCACGAACUGGGACGAGGUCGUCCCCGCCCUGGACUCCAAGAACGUGGUUCUGAUCCCCCACUGUCUGGAGGAGAAGUGCGAGGAUAGGAUUAAGGAGAUCACGAAGGGGGCGCCGGAUGAGACGGAUGGUCCUGCGGACCAGAAGGCACCAAGCAUGGGCAUGAAGAGCUUGUGUAUCCCCUUCGAGCAGCCGGAGGGUAUCGUCAAGGGGGAGACGAAAUGUCUAAACCCCGAGUGCACGGCGUUCGCUGAGAAGUGGUGUAUGUUCGGAAGGAGUUAUUAG